CACAUCAACUAUGAGACUCAGGCCCAGGAGCCGAGAAAGACGCAGGGAGAGACACAAGGAGGAGGAGGUGAAAUUUGAGGAGAGUGAAAUGAUUCCCAAGUCCGGAAAAUCUUCUGCAGACUCAAGAAAAGGCGUUAGCAUCCAUGAGUUUGCAGCACUGGCCAGAUCUUCCUUGAACGGCAUCUCUCAGGCCGUGAAGGAUCAUGUGACUAAGCCUACCUCACUGGCGCAGGGUCGCGUCGCUCACCUCAUCGAGUGGAAAGGUUGGCCCAAACCGUCAGACCCCCCGCCGGCCGCUCACGCCCACUUCAGCACCUACUGCCACCUGAGCGAGGGGGAGAAGGAGGCCCGUUUCGCCGCAGGUGUAGCUGAGCAGUUUGCCAUAGCUGAGGCCAAGCUACGAGCCUGGGCGUCUGUUGAUGAUGACGAUGAAGAUGAGGAGGACUCAAACGAUGAGGAUGCGCCCCCUAAUGGACAGAGUCACACCUUCACCAGCCAAAGCUCAGACGCCGCCAAUUCCCGACCUCUUGUCCCACGAGACAAGGAGGAGGGACAACUCUCUGCCACAUUCCCAGGCGCGGGCAGCAGCGGUGACGGCGGCGACCUGCUGACUGACCCACAUUCAACCCAGACUGACUCACCCACUUUGCCCGGCCACAGCGCGAGCCCGUUCAUACAAGAGGAAGAGGAGGAGAACGAGGAGCGACCCACCGCGUUACGGGACCACCCCCAGAGCGAGGUGUGCAUCCACCAGAAGCCCGAGUGGAGACCCAGAGCGAGGAGCAGCCGCUUCGACUCGUGCUACUCCACGUCCCACUCGGAGUCGCCCGGGGAGGAGGAGGAAGACGACGAAGAAGGCAGCGUGUUCCAGGAGUUCCGCAUGUGGCACUGCAGCCCCCGGGGAUUCUUCUCGGAUCGGGCGUCUUCUGGAGUGGCCUCGUUUGAUGAGGAAGAGGAGCAGGAUGAAGAGGCGGAGAGGAAAGAUGAGAAAGAAUAUUUGAUGUGAUGUGCUGUCCAUCUUUGUCUCUUGGAGUGUGGUGAUUCUGGACAUCGUUAUAAAAAGCUAGAUAUCACAUUUGGCCAAAUUGGAUCGGUUAUCAGGGAAAGAUAGAG